GGAAGAUAAACAGGAGGCAGUGGGCAUGUCACCGGCUGUGAGCGAUUAUUACGACAUAACCCUCAAACUUGACUGCGAGGAAUAUUUUGCUCUGCACGCAGAGAAAGGGCGGCAUUGUGCGGGAUUGGGAUCCUGACAGUCAGCGCUGAGGGCAAAGUCACGUAAGACAGCCUCUGCUGGACGAAGGCUAGCGUUAGCUGGCUUUAAUUCAUAGGAAACGAAGAAACACAAUUUAAAAAGUGGGAAAGCAGCGCCGUGAAUCAUGAGUCUGCUAUGAAUGACUCAGGAGAACAGUUUGGGCUUCGUUCCGUGUUGUCCGGGGCACCUUCGGUCACCUGGAGGAUUAGGAAGGAAACCCAAAUCAUUUUGUCAUUCCUGACUUCCUCAACGCCCUGACUGGAGUUAUACGUGGAGGUGUGCACGACAUGGCCAGUCCGCAUCAGUCUGAGCUGUCAUACGCGUGGGAAAAGUACAUGGACUGUAGACUGCAAGGAGCGGAUCUGCAGGUCAGCCUUCAGGGUUUGGAGAAUUUCCUCUGUCUCUUCCACUAUGUGCAGCAUCACCCCAGCCACAGUACCAAAGAUGCACUCAAAUUCUGCUCAGACAUGAGUGGGGCCAGUAACACACUGGCGAGGGAGUUCCUGACUGAUGUACAUCAACUAUGCAGUGCGGUGGCCCAGAGAGCAGAGGCACGGGAGGAAGAUGAGGAGGAGAGUCACAUGGUGGCACUGGGAGAGUACCUGGUCAGGGGACGGGGCUUCCUUUUGCUCAGCACACUGGAUUCCAUCAUUGACCAGGAAUUGACCUGCCGGGAGGAGCUGCUCACUUUGCUGCUGUCUCUACUACCGCUGGUCUGGAAGAUCCCUGUGCAGGAGGAAAAAGCCCCAGAUUUCACCCUGCCGUCCCUACUGGAAGUAUUCCUUAGCCGGGAGGUGAAGGCCGCCCCGCUCAGAGCAGGACAGAAGGCUGCAACAGAUGAACAGAACUCGGGGAAGAGGUCCCGUGUUGGCAGUGGCACCUGGAAAUCACGGAGGUCACGCAGGACAGCGCAGAGAUACUCCGUGAAGGAUGCUCGAAAGUCCCAGGUUUCUACCUCAGAUUCAGAAGCCAACACUGAAGACAAAGCUGUCCCAGGCCCUGGUGGUGCAAGGAGCCGCAGAUCACAUGGCUCCACCAUGCGGGUAAGCUGUCAGCAUCAUCGUUCAGAGGCCUCAUCUUUAACAUCUGCCAUCUCCACCACAGAAACCAUGAGUGCACCAUACCCACACCCCCGAGCCCCUGGAUCCCAUAUGAUGGACACUGAAACCCUGACAGACCCAGCUGCAAUAUCAAUUUUCAACCGCAUGGAAAAUUCGCCUUUUGAUCUUUGCCAUGUUUUGCUGUCCUUGCUUGAGAAGGUUUGUAAGUUUGACAUGAGCAUCAACCACAACCCUAGCCUGGCAGUCAGUGUUGUACCUACUCUUACUGAGAUCCUGACUGAGUUUGGAGAUUGCUGUGGUCCUGGGGGAGGAGGUGGAGGUGGAACAGGAGCAGAGGAACUUGCUGGAGGCUGGACGGAAGAGCCCAUCGCACUGGUCCAGAGGAUGCUUCUACGCACCAUCCUGCACCUAAUGUCAGUGGAUGUGAGUCAGAGUGAAACCCUCCCAGACAGCCUAAGACGCAGCCUGACAGACUUGCUGCGAGCCACCCUGAAAAUCCGAAGCUGCUUGGACAGACAGAAUAAUCCUUUUGCUCCACGGCCUAAGAAGACCCUGCAAGAGGUCCAGGAUGACUUUUCAUUCUCCCGCUAUCGCCACAGAGCGCUACUGCUGCCAGAGCUUUUAGAAGGAGUCCUCCAAGUGCUGCUGGGUUGCCUGCAGGCUUCCACACCCAACCCCUUUUUUUUUAGCCAGGCGCUUGAGCUCAUCCAUGAGUUUGUCCAGCACCAUGGCCUGGAGCUGUUUGAGGUCACAGUGCUGCGACUGGAGGGACUUAGCAGAGCCAGGGAUUCUGAAGUAGUAGGAGAGGCUUCAGAGAGGCUACGAGGUCUCAUUGCAGGAGUUUUCAAGAUCAUCAGUGCUGUCAAGAAGGCAAAAUCAGAGCAGCUGCAUCAGUCUGUGUGUGCCCGACGUCGCCACCGCCGCUGUGAAUAUUCCCACUUUUUGCAUCACCACAGAGACCUGUCAGGUUUGCCCGUCUCUGCUUUCAAACAGGCUGCUAGACGCAACCCCUUUGAAGAGGAUGGAGAAGGCAAGGAAGGGAUGGAGGGUGACGCAGUGCGUUACCCUGAGCGCUGCUGCUGCCUGGCUGCCUGUGCUCACCAGUGUCUGCGACUCCUGCAGAGACUCUCCCCAAGUGGGCCAGCUGUCUUGCAGGUACUGGCUGGGGUGCAGGCUGUUGGAAUUUGCUGUUGCAUGGACCCCCGCUCAGUCGUAGUACCCCUGCUGCAUGCCUUCCAAGCUCCAGGUCUGCGUAGUUACCAGUCUCAUGUUCUCAGUGUCCUGGGCAGACUGAUCUUAGACCAGCUCGGUGGGGGGCAGCCCUCAGAGAAAGCGAAGUUGGCCUCCUGCAACAUCUGCACUCUGGACAGCAGCCAGCUGCCAGGCCUGGAGGAGACACUGCAGCAUGGGGAUCCUUCAGCUGUUUCUACCAGUCUGUGCUACCGAUCCCAGGGUAUUCUGCCAAGUGGAGGGGGGGCAGAAGACAUGCUCUGGAAGUGGGAUGCUCUGGAGGCCUACCAAGAACUAGUGUUUGGUGAAGAAUGGCAGCUGAGUCAGCAGAUAGCUGGCCAUGUGUGCCACCUGACCCUGCGGGGGAAUGCUAUAGUGCAAUGGCAGCUCUACACACACAUCUUCAACCCUGUGCUGCAGAGAGGGGUAGAGCUGGCCCACCAUGCCCAACAACUGGGAGUUUCCACUGUCUGUACUCAGGUCUGCAGCUAUCACACACGGUGCCUGCCUGUUGAGGUCCUCCUCAUUUACCUGCAAACGUUACCUGCCCUUCUCAAAUCAAGGGUGGUCAGAGACCUUUUCAUCAGUUGUAAUGGGCUCAAUCAGGUGACCGAGCUAGUCUACCUGGACCAGACCCGUUCCUUGGCUUUGAAGGUGUUUGAGACUCUGAUAAUAGGUACUGGACAACAGCAGGCUGAAGGGGUGCUUCAGGAGCUAGAGAGUGCUGAUGCUGAAGAAAGGGAGGCCGUCUUGGGCCUGGCUGAGGAACUAGGGUCCCGAGGGGCUGGAGAAGGCCCACAGAGCCUCAGCAAGUUCUAUGAAGGUCUAAAGGAGGCAUACCCACGCUACAAGAGCCGGAGUGGGCAGGGCCGUGGACCAGGGCGCAGCCGAGCAGAGACUCAUCUCCAUGUUAUUAACCUCUUUCUAUGCGUGGCCUUCCUCUGUGUCAGCAAAGAGGCUGAUUCUGACAGGGACUCAGCCAAUGACUCUGAGGACACUUCAGGUUACGACAGUACGGCCAGCGAACCUCUUGGGGGCCGACUGCCUUACCUGUCCCCAGACAGCGUGGCUCUACCCUCCAAAGAGCAGGUACGACGUGCUGCAGAUGUUUGGUCUGUGUGUCGGUGGAUCUACCUGGCCAGCCCCUUAUUUCAGAGGCAGUUCUUCAGGCUAGGAGGGUUGGAUGUCUGCCUGCGCCUCAUGGCUAUGGUUAUUCAGAAACUGUCCUGUAAGACCAAGGAUGGGAAAGCAAAGAAGAAGAGGGAUGGUAAGGGCAAAGGCAGCCCUGAGUCCACUGCCUCGGCUACCUCCCUGGGACUGGAAGAGACAAGUCAUGAUUCAGCUGACAGUCUGAGCGCUGGUCCAGCUGAAGGAAAGACCAAAGAUCCAGCAAAGAAACUGGAGGAAGAGUGGCAAAUACAAAGUAUUCGUCUCCUUGAGGCCUUGCUGGCUAUUUGUCUGCACAGUGCUAACUCAGCCCUGCAGAGGACAGAGCCUGAGCUCUCUUAUCAGCUCCAGUCAGUGGAAGAGACCCUGUUUGAGGUGAGAGACCAACUCUCUCGCUCCGGGGUGGUGAACUCUGACCUCGCUGUUCCUCUGUUUGACUCUCUCCUGAGAGUGGCCUUGGCCGAGGUGUCGUCUGGUCCUGAUCCCCCUGAGGAGAAGCCAGACAGGGUGAGUCCUGCCUUGGGAGAAACUAAGCUCCAGGUGUUGGCCGAGGGGGUGGCCCCGGCAGGCGAUCUGUCUGAGGAGGUGGACGAGGUGCAGAGCUGUGGCGUCAAGCCCCCGGGGGAGGAGGAGGGCUACGACGCUGACAGUGAAAGCAAUCCUGAGGACAUGGCCAAGCAGGAAGAGGGAGUGAAGGUGGAGUCUGCCGUGCUGCAUGAGUUUGCGGUGGUUGCGGAGGGGCCAGGGCGUGGUGUGCUGCUCUUCCCAGAGAUCUGCACCAUGGAGCUGCAGCUUCUUGCUACCGGCUCCCCAGACAUGGAGGUUCUGAGUCAUGUAUUUCACAGCCUGCUGGGUGCAGUGCACGCCAACCACCGCAACGCUGCUUUGCUCUAUGACCAGGGAGGAGUCAAAACCAUCCUGUCUGGCUUUCACAACAUCCUCAGCCAAACAGACCCUUCCUUUACAGAUUGCCAGACUGUGCUAGUGGAGCUGCUGGUUGCCAUGGUGAGCCAGCGAAUCACAGCGGAGGAACUGGCUCUAUUGAUUCGCCUCUUCCUGGAGAAGACCCCACCUACUGAGGUUUUACUGAAAGGCAUCCUACAAAUCGUUGAAGCCAACAUGAAUAUGGAACCUCUUCACUUCCUGACCUUUCCAAUAAUCCUCGGGGCUUCGACGCCAGGGGGGGUGUCUGCCGGCUCCAGACUGAACGGUGCUGCCGGAGGGAAAAGUGUUGGUUUGCUCUGGAAGGGCAAACUGUCUCCUGGGCGCAGAGACGGGGAUACUGAGUACCGACCAAACCACCUUCGUUCUUCUCCAUGGCACAUGGCUCCUCUCCACUUGCCCCUGGUAGGGCAGAACUGCUGGCCCCACAUGGCCAGCGGUUUUAGCGCCUCUAUGUGGCUGAGGGUGACAGAGCAGGAGAAAAAGGACGGGGACAAAGAAGAGGGUGAGACGCAGAUUCUUCACCAAGACACUUUUUUACCUGCAAUCCAUAAACAUGACCUGGUUUUGAGAUUUUCAAGUUAUUGUCUUCCAGAAGAGAAUAACCCUCCUGCAGCUGAGUCCCACCAUGGGUCCUCUCAGGCUGGGACGAGAUUAGUGGAGGAAGAUCUCAUUCAUAUUCUGUCCAUGGGCUCCAAGGCACUGAUGCUUCAAGUGUGGGCAGACUUCUCUACAGGCUCUCUCACAUUCAGGAUUUGUAUAGACCCCAACGAUGACAUAAAAGCAGGGCUGCUGGCGCAGGCAGAUUCUGGUGUGGAACUACUCAGACCGGGCCAAUGGCAGCACCUUGGCCUCACUUACACCCAGCAGCCAGAGGGCAAAAAGAACAUUCAUGGCCGUGUGGUUGUCUGGGUGUGUGGCAUCCGAAAAUGUGAGGUUUCUUUGGACUACACUCUACCCAGGAAGUCCAGUUUAUCAUCUGACAGCAAUAAAACCUUCUGCAUGCUGGGCCACUGUACGCCGUCCUCUGGGGAGCUAUCGAAGCAGGGCGGAGGCUGGAGCAUGGGCACUGUGCUUCUUUUUAAUGGAUCUAGAAUAGGAUCUGAGGAGGCCCUCUACCUGUACACCAGCGGGCCUGACCUCGCUUCAAUCAUGCCCUGCAAAUAUGGCAAGCCCAGUGGGACAUUCUCCAAGUUUGUCACUGAGGAAGGCCUGAAGUGCGAGCAUGUACGAGAGCUUCUGAUGAAGAACAAGGAUGUGGACACAACGGCUUUGGUUGAGAGCUUGGCUGUAGUGUAUGCUCCCAGCAGCCCUAGAGUCUACACCAUUUAUGAGCCUGUAAUCAGACUGAAGGGUCAGGCCAAGACGGUGGUUACCCAGCGGCCGUUCAGCUCCAAGGAAGUGCAGAGUGUUUCCCUGGAGCAGAACCCUCUCAGAGCCCUGCUUCCAACUGAGACCCAAGGCCUGCAGAGCGUCCUGCACAAGAUCGGAGGAACAGGAAAUUUUGUCUUCCUCUUUGCGCAGACGGUGGAGCUGAGUGACUGUGAGAAGACUCAAGCUCUGGCCCUGCGGGUGCUGCUGUCUUUGUUCAAGUUUAACCAACACCGCAUCCAUGAAAUGGACUGUUACCAUGGUUACUCUAUGAUCCAUCAAGUCCUCAUAAAGUCCAAAUGCAUCGUGGGAUAUCAUAUGCUGAAAACUUUACUGGAUGGAUGCUGCAGCAGACCCAUCCUCAUCCUGGGGGAUGAUGGGCAGUUCCGUUUGGACACUGAGUCCGUCGCUGUGGUGCAGGACAUCAGGCUUCUCUCAGACAUCCUGUUGGACUGGAAGAUCUGGGCCAAAGCUGAGUUUGGAGUGUGGGAAACACUGCUGACUGCCUUAGAAGUCCUCAUCAGGGUGCACCACCCUUAUCAGGUCUUCAACAUCCGCCAGUUUCUCAAGGCUGAAGUGGUGCAUCGCUUCCUGCUCACCUGCCAGGUGUUACAGGAGCAUCGAGACGAGCAUCUGACUGCCAUCCCGCAGGAAGUCUGUCUCUCAUUUGUCAAAAUCAUCCAGGAGGUGCUCGGGUCUCCUCCGGACAUGGACCUGCUUAAACUGAUCUACAACUUCUUGCUGGCUGUUCACCCACCUACCAACACCUACGUCUGCCACACUCCAUCCAGCUUCUACUUCUCACUACACAUAGAUGGUAAGCUGUACCAAGAGAAGGUGCAGUCCAUUAUGUACCUGAGACACUCCAACAGUGGAGGAAAGUCUGCCAGCAGCUCUGUGGUGUCACUCUCACCGACCGUCUUCACUGAUGCUCCCCAUGAAGGCCAUCUCCACGCUCCUUCCCCAGAGCACGGAGGUGAUGAUCAGUCAUUACGCCCACCUAGUGUGGCUCCAUCUCCGUACUCCUCCCCUCUACUGACACCUCGAGUCGGACACGGUAGCUCAAAUGAGGCAGGUGAAGGUGACGGGGUCUCCCUCGCCACUCAACAGGCUCUCGGCAGCACUGAAACACUCAAAAAGGGUGGAGGUGAUGAGCAGCUCCUGAGCAGCUGCGAAUCGGCCAAGACAAUCUGUGACUCUAAGGACGUAAGUGAGGGUGGAGCCCUGCGCACACCUUCCAUCAGCGUGGAGGAGGAGCGGGAUGAGGCGGCAGAGGUGGACAGCCUAGCAGAGGGCAGCGUUGGGGUGAUGGAGUCUGAUGAUAGAUUUGACUGGGCCAGUGAUGAGGCGCCACGCCGCCCGGACAGCCUGAAAGGCAUCCAAUCCUUCCAGAGGAGCCACAGCAACCUGGCAAGUCUGGGCUUGGCCUUCCCAGCUCCAAACGGCUCGCUGGCAAUCGGCCGCUGGCCUAGUGCGGCUGACCGGGGCUCAAUGCCUGAAGACUGGGAGAGUUACACAUACUCUCCUGGCUAUGAGAGGGCACACAGCAAGACUGAGUCCAAUGACAGGUCCAGCACUGAGGACUGCCUGGUGCUGAUCUGCUGUGGACUCUACGAUCUUCUGAGGGGCAUCUUGCUGCUGUUGCCUGACCUCAUGCUUGAGGAGGUGAUGGAUAAGCUCAUCCAGCCAGAGGCCCUCAUUGUUCUGGUCAACCACUCGUCACCUCUCAUCCAGCAAGGAGUCAUGAAGCUGCUCGAUGCCUAUUUUAGCAGAGCUGUAAAGGAGCAGAAGGAGAAAUUCCUGAAGAACCACGGCUUCUCUUUGCUGGCCAACCAGCUGUACAUCCACCAGGGAAGCCAAGGGCUCCUUGAAUGCUUCCUGGAGAUGCUGUUUGGACGGCCUGUGGGCCUAGAGGAAGACUUGGACCUGGAGGAAAUGGAAAAUAUCUCACCCUUUAGAAAGCGCUGUAUCAUCCCAGUAUUGGGUCUCAUUGAGAACUCCCUGUAUGAGAACUCCUUGGUGCACAACAUCCUGUGUAUGCUGCUGCAGCUCCUCAAUGCCUGCCCCAAGCUGGCAGACAUCCUGCUAGACCACGGGCUGCUCUACGUGCUCUUUAACACCCUCUCCACCCUCAACGGAAUGGAGAAUGGUAUUCCCCUGAAUGACUACAAGCUCCUGGUGUGUGACAUCCAGCAGCUGUUAGUAGCUGUAACUAUCCACUCCUGCAGCUCUUCAGGGUCCCAGUACUUCCGCAUCAUCGAAGACCUCAUUACCUUGCUCGGUUUCAUGCAGACCAGCAAGAUGCGUCGCACACAGGAGAUGGCGGUGGCUUUGCAGUUCCGCGUCCUUCAGUCAGCGAUUGAGUUCAUAAAGACAACAUCCAAUCAGGAACCUCAGAAGCUAAGUAGCUCAGUUAACCCUCCGAGCUCUCCACAUCACGCCAUCUAUCAGAAGCGCAAAAGCAUCGCAGGUUCCAUUGCCAUGAAAGACUCCAUUAUCCCCCGCAUCCCCAGGCAGCACUACUGCUCCUAUGGCCAGAUCCCCCUGUCCCCUCCCUUCAGCUUCCUGUCCCAGGACUCCCCCCUCCCCUCCCCUUCUGGAGCUCCAUCCUACAUGCUCCACUGUGACGCAGGUCGGCGCCGGUUUUCUCUGGCCCAGACUGACUCUCUUCUGAUGCGGAUGCGCUCUGUCGCCAGCGACGAGCUCAACCAGAUGAUGCAGAGGAGGAUGAGCCAGGAAAACCCCAUUCGUGCCAGUGAGACUGAGUUCGUCCAACGGCUUCAGAGGCUCGUCGUUCUUGCUGUCAACAGACUAAUUUACCACGAUGUGAGUCAGGAUUUAUUUGACCUGCUGAACAUUCCCGAUUCUCCAGACCAACAGCUUUUCACACCAGAUCCAGGUGAUCAACCUCAGGAUGAGAGUGGCUCGGCAUCUGUCCCACACUCUCCUACUCCAUUCACCCUGCCGCCUGCCAGCAAGAAGAGCUUUCAGAAAGACAUCCUCAAACUCAUGAUGGAUGGGAUCAAAAUCAGCCUGGGCAGCACGGGUCGAGGAGGAGCACCUCAUCAGCAGUGGCGAAGGAUCCUGUGGUCGUGUCGGGACACUUUUCGGGUGCAAAUCGGCCGACUCCUUGUGCACACACUCAGCCCUGCGCUCCCCCUGACUGACAGGAAGGAGGCGCUGGAGUUUGUGUUUGAUCCCAGACAUUUAGAUAUCCUAAAGGAGAGCCUCAGCCCGGGUCUAGAGCAUGGACCAAAGUUGUCACUGUACCUGUACGAGAUGCUGCACGAUCACAAGGAUAGUCUCACUAAAGACGAGCAGAACGCCGUAGGUGUGUUCAUGACCUCGCUCAAGCUUUGUGGCCAUCGCUGCAUUCCACCUAACGCUCCACACAAACAAGACUUGCUCAAGGCCAUAAAAGACGAAAAAUUCAAGUAUGAAGCAGAAGAAAAAACAAGCAAAGUGGCAUGGGAAAAGAAAAUGGCCAACACUCAGAGGAAUCUCAUCCAGAGGCUGGAUGGAAAGUCCAAGGACAUUUCCAAGAUUGCAGCUGAUAUCACUCAGAAUGUGUCACUGCGGCAAGGCAUGGAGCGAAAGAAAGUCAUCCAGCACAUUAGGGGACUCUACAAGACUGACCUCAGUGCCAGCCGCCACUGGCAGGAGCUGGUGCAGCAACUCACGCAUGACCGUGCUGUUUGGUACGACCAGACAACCUACCCAACGUCCUGGCAGCUGGACCCCACCGAAGGGCCGAACCGGGAGCGGCGGCGGCUCCAGAGAUGCUACCUCACCAUUCCUAACAAAUACCUACUGAAAGACAGACGCAAGUCUGAAGAAACAGUGAAGGCAGCAUUGUCCUUCUUGUUUGAGGAUAAGACCCACUCUUCCUUCUCCUCCACUGUGAAAGACAAAGCCACCAGCGAGCCCAUCAGGUUCACCAGACGGUGCAUCAGCGUCGCCCCCUCCAGAGAGACAGCAGGGGAGCUACUCCUGGGAAAGUCUGGGAUGUACUUUGUGGAGGACAAUGCCGCUGAUGCUCAUGACAACCAGAGCCUUCAUGGGGAGACCGAGGCUCCUUCUUUCUCCUGGACAUACGAGGAGAUCAAGGAGGUGCACAAACGUUGGUGGCAGCUAAGAGACAACGCUGUAGAGAUAUUCCUCACCAAUGGCAGGACUCUGCUGUUAGCCUUUGACAACACCAAGUUCCGUGACGACGUCUACCACAACAUCCUGACCUCUGAUCUGCCAAACCUGCUGGAGCACGGAAACAUCACGGCGCUCACACAGCUGUGGGGCUCGGGACAGAUCUCCAACUUCGAGUACCUCACGCAUCUCAACAAGCACGCGGGACGCUCCUUCAACGACCUCAUGCAGUACCCGGUGUUCCCCUUUAUCCUGCGAGAUUACACCAGUGAGACGCUCGACCUGCAGGAGCCGAACAUCUACAGGAAUUUAAGCAAACCCAUCGCAGUGCAGUCAAAAGAGAAAGAGGAUCGCUAUGUGGAUAAUUACAGGUACCUUGAGGAGGAGUACAAGAAGGGUAUUCGCGAGGACGACCCCAUGCCUCCCGUCCAGCCUUACCACUACGGCUCACAUUACUCCAACAGCGGCACCGUGCUGCACUUCCUCGUCCGAAUGCCUCCUUUCACCAAGAUGUUCCUCGCGUAUCAGGACCAGAGCUUUGAUAUACCGGACCGGACGUUCCACUCCAUGAACACCACAUGGCGCCUGUCCUCCUACGAGUCCAUGACUGAUGUGAAAGAGCUCAUCCCAGAGUUCUUCUACCUCCCAGAAUUCCUGGUCAACAGAGAGGGUUUUGAUUUUGGGGUUCGGCAAAACGGUGAGAGGGUGAAUCAUGUGAAUUUACCGCCCUGGGCCCGCAACGACCCACGUCUCUUCAUCCUGAUCCACCGACAAGCGCUGGAGUCGGACCAGGUCUCCCAGACACUGUGUCAGUGGAUUGACUUAGUGUUUGGGCUGAAGCAGAAAGGAAAAGCUGCUGUCCAGGCCAUCAAUGUCUUCCACCCAGCUACUUAUUUUGGCAUGGACGUUUCAGCUGUAGAAGACCCGGUGCAACGACGGGCCCUGGAGACGAUGAUCAAGACAUACGGGCAGACGCCCAGGCAGCUCUUUAACGGCACUCAUAUCAGCAGGGCCGGCCCCAAGCUCUUGAUGGAGGGAGAGCUGCCGGCAGCCAUGGGUCUCCUCGUUCAGCUUGCCUUCAGAGAAACCCGAGAACAAGCCAAGGAAAUAGUCUGCCCGAGCCCACUGCCAUGGAUCAAAGGUCUGAAGUGGGGCGAGUAUGUGGGCUCACCGUCCGCUCCGGACCCAGUGGUGUGUUUCAGUCAGCCACAUGGGGAGAGGUUCGGAUCCCUGCUGGCUCUGCCAACACGAGCCAUUUGCGGGCUGUCUCGCAAGUUCUGCCUCAUGAUGAUUUACAGCAAAGAGCAGGGUGUCCGCAGCAUGCACAGCACAGACAUCCAGUGGUCGGCCAUCUUGAGCUGGGGCUACGCGGACAACAUAUUGAGGCUGAAGAGCAAGCAGAGCGAACCACCUAUCAACUUCAUUCAGUGCUCGCAACUUCACCAGGUGACCAGCUGUGCCUGGGUGCCCGAUGGCUGCCAGCUAUUUACAGGCAGCAAGUGUGGAGUCAUCACCGCCUACAGCAACCGCUUCACCAGCACCACGCCGUCAGAAAUGGAGGUGGAAUCUCAGGUUCACCUGUACGGACACACCGGGGAAGUCACCAGCUUGUUCGUCUGCAAACCCUACAGCAUCCUCAUCAGUGUCAGCAAAGAUGGCACCUGUAUCCUCUGGGACCUCAACAGGCUCUGUUACGUACAAAGCCUCACAGGCCACAAAAGCCCGGUGACCGCGGUGUCUGCCAGCGAGACAACAGGUGACAUCGCAACAGUCUGUGACUCAGUGGGCGGAGGCAGCGACCUGCGCCUGUGGACGGUGAACGGUGAUCUAAUCGGCCACGUCCACUGCAGAGAGAUCAUCUGCUCUGUGGCCUUCUCCAACCAGCCGGAGGGCGUGUCUGUCAACGUCAUCGCCGGAGGGCUGGAGAACGGUGUCGUCAGGUUGUGGAGCACGUGGGAUUUAAAACCAGUGAGAGAGAUCACCUUUUCCAAGUCAAGCAAACCAGUCAUCAGCCUGACGUACUCAUGUGACGGCCACCACCUCUACACAGCCAACAGCGAAGGUACGGUGAUGGCGUGGUGUCGGCGGGACCAGCAGCGCAUGAAGCUGCCCAUGUUCUACUCCUUCCUGAGCAGCUAUGCCGCAGGCUGACAGCGUGUCUGACGUUUACUACUGUCCAGUUCUCAGCAAGAGGAGCCCCAACUCCACCCUCUCUCCUCUUCCUCCUUCUUCCCUGCACUGACAGGGAGGAGGACAUGUCAGCAUGGCCUCAACCUCCCUGACUUUAUACUAAAGCCAUCCCCAGCUGAGCAAACUCUACCACAGCCACUCCCAGCAUCAAGAAAUUCUGAAAAUAGUAUUAUAUGUAUAUAAAUAUAUAUUUAUAAACAUACUGAGGUGGAAUGUUGGGGAUGAAUAUUUGGCUGAGGCAGCAGCAGACACUUUAUACAAAAUGCAUUUCUGAGAGUGUGUUUGGUUUGUUGAGUCUUAUUGUUUUGUUUCUCGCUGUUGAGUUUUUUCGUUGUGCAAAGAUUCUCUGCCUGAUGUUGAUUUUUUUCCCCCCGUUUCCUGGUAAGCUGCUAUCGUCUGGCCAAAGCCAGACCCGAAGUGUGAAGACCCCCGUCUCUCAUCUCGGCGCUGUGCUCGGGCCUCCCGCGGCGCGCCGUCUGACAGAUUGCAGCCGGAGCUCGGCGAGCAUGUCCUGCUGACGCUGCAGCUAGCUAGGAGGGAGGGGAACUCCUCCUCGCUUCUGUCACCGGGAGACGUCCCACUCUGUGGGAGUGAGACACUGCUCUGCUGGGCUGUCUGCUCCACUCAAAUCUGAACACUAGUGUCACAGCCCUGCAUCACUUUGUAUCUGAGCCUAGCGGAGGGACGGGGGGGAUGAAUUGUUCCUUGUUUUGCCUGUUGUUCUGUCCUACCUUUGCAUGCUAGAAUGACACUGACCUUGACUGUGCAUAUGUGAAUGUGACAUUUACUCUCAUGAUACUUCAUUAAGGCCUGCCUCAGUUGAAACUGUCCCUUUAGCUUUGAGAAAUGUUGAUAUUCAUUUAUUUAUUAGAAACACCGUGGAGGCUCAUCGUUCCUUCUUUCCUUCUCUUGUGUUUUACUCUCUCCACUGAAAUGCACUAAAAGCUUUUCAGUACUUCAAAUAGCUUGCUGAAAUUCUGAGAAAGCAAUUAACAAAGAGCAUGAGAUGCUGGAGAAGAAGUGAAGAGAAAGCUUCUGAACAUGCCCUUAGCUGAUCUACGAGUCAUGCUUAAGUACCUGUGCAGCAUUACAAACAGGAUGUAGUAGGUGGGAGGGUGUGGUGAGCAUCAUGUCCUGCAGACUGAGGAUAGAGCAGUUAACGUUUCCUGCACUGAUGAGGUUUACAGCUUAUUUUAGGAGUCUUAUACCACACUGAUCAGUCUGACCAGCAGUUUUCUUUACAUUCCCACUUAACUCACAGCACUUUGUCUGUUUAUUAUGUGUGAAAUGAUCCAAGCUCUUUUUAAUCAGCUACCGUUUAAUUCAAAGAGAGCCAAUGAUCUGUGGUCUUAACAUGAACUGAGCUUUGCUGUAAUUCCACUAAUAAACCCGAUCCAAGAAAGCAAUAUCGGACAUGCAAUAUGUCAUUUGUUGUCACAUUUCAUAUAGGAAGAAAGCAGGAGAUUGUUUUAACAGCUGUGAAAAAAAGUUGUUUUGCCUUUGUGGUAACUGCAGCGAGCCUUCUGUGAUGAAGAAAUGAUGUCUUACAUUUGUUUACAAGAAAGGGAAUAUUUCUUCUUAUAUCAUUCAUAUGUAUGAUGUCAUUCCUUUUGUGUUGUUAUGUGUUUUUUUGUUUCCCUUCUCAGCCCACCUGGACCCUCGUUGUGCCCAACAUCAAGCCUGUACAAGACAUGAUGUUACUGUGUUUGUUUACAGUGUUUUCAUGCCUGCAUGUGCACAUUAUAAAAGUUUUUGCCUAUGAGAACUACAACUUUUCUUUUUCUCUUAAACAUCCACAUGUGAGAUUGUAUGAAUGUUUUGUUUUCCCUCUUCCUUUUUUUUGUGCUUUCUGUCACAGAUAGAACUUUUUUUUUUCUGUUGAUAACUUAAGCUAUGCAUAAUUUAAAGAUCUUUGUCUUAGGUUGCUAAAAUUGUGUCAUUUAAUUGAUCUCUCUGGGCUGGUUUUGUAGUUUGGCAUCAUUGACUGAGGUUCUGAAAGGUCAUGUUUUAUGUUUAUUUGCGUUUGUAUAUAUGUGAGUGUGUGUAUGUAUGGACAAAAGUGAUGAGUAUAUUAUAAAUAUAUAUAAAUAUUUGAAGAAA